GCUGGCUUCGUGGCCUAGCAACCAGAAGAGGCUUAACCAAACAGUGGGAGCUAGCUCUAGAAUUCAAGCUAGCGACGACCGCUAGCCGCCUAAUUAAGUUUUCUGGAGAGUUUCAACCGUCCGGUUUCCAUCAUGUCCUCCCGAACGCUGCCCCUGCUGUUCAUAAACCUCGGUGGAGAAAUGCUGUACAUCCUGGACCAACGGCUUCGAGCUCAGAACAUCCCUCCGGACAAAGCUAAGAAAGCUGGCUGGAUAGACGAUGACAGAAGGAGAGUUAUGAAUGACAUCAUCACCACCAUGUUCAACAAAAAGUUCCUGGAAGAGCUUUUCAAGCCGCAGGAGCUUUACUCCAAAAAAGCCCUGCGCACUGUGUUCGACAGGCUCGCCCAUGCCUCAAUAAUGAGACUCAAUCAAGCCAGCAUGGACAAGCUCUACGACUUGAUGACCAUGGCUUUCAAGUACCAGGUGCUUCUCUGUCCUCGGCCCAAGGACAUCCUUCUUGUGUCCUUCAACCACAUGGAUGCCAUCAAAGACUUCGUGAAAGACACGCCCAGCAUUCUCGGCCAGGUUGACGAGACGUACCGACAGCUCAUAGAGAUGUAUACAGCCUUGUCGAGUGGAGAAUUCCAGCUGAUCAGACAAACUCUCCUCAUCUUCUUCCAAGACAUGCAUAUAAGAGUGUCUAUUUUCCUCAAGGACAAAGUGCAGAACUCGAAUGGGCGCUUUGUGCUUCCCACCAGUGGCCCUGUGCCUCAUGGAACGCUAGUUCCCUGCUUGAUAAGGAUGUUCAGCUGCAGUGGGGAAGAGGUGAUGAGGCGGCAGUUCAGUAACGGAGGAAACUACACAGCGGCUCUCCGGGAGGGAUCCUUCGAGAUAUUUGGAGACAGGGUCACCAAAUUAGGCACGAACAUGUACAGUGUAAGCCGCCCAGUGGAAACCCACAUGACGGGAACGUCUAAGAACUCUGCUCAGCACACUAAGGUCAACGUCGCUCCCAAUCCUCUCGCAAAAGAGGAGCUGAACAUGUUGGCCAAGUUGAUGGGAGGGUUGGAAGUCCAGAAGCCAGGAAAUGCAGACAACGGUUUCCGAGUCAACCUCUUCUCCACCGAUGAGGAGGAAGAAGAAGCAUUAAUAUCAAGACCGGAUGACCUUUUAUAUGGAGUCAUAAACAUCCAAGCGACAAAGGACCAGCAGGCCAAUGCGGAGCUGGCCAAGAUCAUGGGGCAGUUCGCGGAGUCUGGAGAGCAAUCUCCCAGUUCCAGCAGCAAAGGAGACGACCUUCUGGCCAUGAUGGACGGGCUGUGACACGGCCCCUCGGGGGGAGGGGGGCUCAAUGCAUCGUCAGCAGUAUGUUCCACAGAAGACCAGCCUGCCGUCCGCACCUGCAGAAACAUGGCAUGCAGUUAGAAAUCCGCCUUCUUUGGGUGCUUUUUAAAAUGCGGAUGUGAGUCGGUGUUUCCAUUGAUUGUCGAAUGACGAGUUUGCACCUUUUGGGUUGCAAAUAACGUCACGAGGACGCUGUAAUAUGAUGCUGUUUUAGUUAACGUAUACAGUGGGCUGAUGUGGUUGUAUUAAACAUUUGCGUGUUAAUGGAGUUGGACUGCUCCUGUACUCAAGAUUUACAUCUCAGUUUUAGUUUAAUUGAUUACGUGAGGUCCGUAAUUCCAUUUUAAACCUAAUGAAUGAUACUGAGGGGGAACUGGAGAAAACCCAAGUGCUCUUUCUGAUGGGAUUUGAAUUCGUUCAAAUCUAUAUUUUGAUUAAAAAAAAUAUGUUCCUCUUGCUUCAUACUCUACUUCCUUAAAACAGCACGAGAGGCAACAUGACGGACAUUUUUCACUAUCUUGUUGUGUCUAUAGUCUUGAUGUAUAGCCCAGAUGUGCUCAUUGAAGAGUAUGUUAUUAUGAUGGAGUAAUGCAAUAUAGUGUUUGUCUAAUAUGUAAAUAUGUUAAUUGCAUACUGUAUUUAUUUAAAUGUAGUAUUUCCUUGUAUGCAUAUUGCUACAGUUGGUUAAAUGUGCUGUAUAGGAUUUUUAAUAAAAGGAUGGCACCAAGCUCGUUGCAGUUACAAGGCUCUAACACUAGGGGGAGCUGUCCGGCCUGCAUUCAAACUGCACCCUGUACUGUGGUCUGUACAAAUCUGCUUGAUUUAUAUGUGUCUACCAACAAACCACUACAUUAAAAGCAAUGUGCUUGAA